UGUGCGCGCACGCACGCUUCCUGUCCGGUGUGACGCAUGCGUGCGCGUUCAGGACGCAGUGUGGCGGAGAGACGGCGCAGCGCGAGCAGCAGCGGACGGGUUCCCCUCAGCCGUGACUGUGGGAUGGCGGUAAACGUUUACUCCACGUCGAUGACCAUCGAGAACCUGAGCAGACAUGACAUGCUGGCCUGGGUCAACGACUCUCUGCAGCUCAACUACACCAAGAUCGAGCAGCUGUGCUCAGGUGCGGCGUACUGUCACUUCAUGGACAUGCUGUUCCCCGGCUGUAUUCUGCUGAAGAGGGUGAAGUUCCAGGCCAAACUGGAGCACGAGUACAUUCACAACUUCAAAGUGCUGCAGACGGCCUUCAAGAGGAUGAACGUGGACAAGAUCAUUCCUGUGGAGAGGCUCAUCAAGGGCAAGUUUCAGGACAACUUCGAGUUCCUUCAGUGGUUUAAGAAGUUCUUCGACGCCAACUACGACGGAAAAGAGUACGACCCUCAGUUAGCGCGACAGGGCCACGAAGUCACGCCGCCCCCCCCCAACCCAGGUGAAGUCACUCUCCACAAAACCAACAGCCCUCAGAGAGCAGCAGGACCCCAGCGGACGUCACCGACGGCACCCAAAACUAUGCCCGCCCCCCCGCGCGCCAUAAGCUCCACCCCCUCCACCGGAACACGGCGGAACAUGCCAAUGUCACGGAACGGAGGCGGCGAUGCCGAAAUCAUGGAGCUCAACCAGCAGCUGCUGGACCUGAAACUGACAGUCGACGGUUUGGAGAAAGAGAGAGACUUCUACUUCGGCAAACUCCGAGACAUUGAGCUGAUCUGUCAGGAGAACGAGAGCGACAGCAACCUGGUCCUCGGCAAAAUCCUGGAGGUGCUCUACGCCACAGAGGAUGGUUUCGCGCCUCCGGAGGACGAGGAGAUUGACGAACAGCCGCGGGACCAGGAUGAAUACUGAUCCUCCUCAUCCUCACUCUCUCUCUCUCUCAUCACGUCAUCCUUCUUUCUUUCUCUCCCUCUCUUUCACUCCAUCCCCCACCAGCAGACACUAGGGGCGUGGUCUAAUAGGCUCAUAGAGUGAGUAGGGGCGUGUCUAUGCUAAUGAGGUCUGAAGUGAUGCGGUGAAGCUGAUGUUUUAUUGGCUGUGGGUUUAAUGAAGCAUCCAGACGACUCGAUGAUGA